CCCCAAUGCAUUCUGGUGCCUUCCCCGCUCUUCUGUCGGGAUCCACCGCUAACGUGAAGCUGUGGUGAGGGCCCAGACUUUCUACAGACAUGUCGGUGAGAGAGUCCUUUAACCCUGAAAGCUAUGAGCUGGACAAGAACUUCAGGCUCACACGCUUUGCUGAGCUCAAAGGCACAGGCUGCAAGGUGCCCCAAGAAGUGUUACAGAAGCUGCUAGAAAACCUACAGGAGAACCACUAUCAGGAGGAUGAACAGUUUUUGGGGGCUGUUAUGCCUCGAUUAGGCAUAGGCAUGGACACAUGUGUGAUCCCCCUCAGACAUGGAGGCCUUUCUCUGGUCCAGACGACAGACUACAUCUACCCUAUUGUAGACGACCCCUACAUGAUGGGAAGAAUUGCUUGUGCCAAUGUUCUAAGUGACCUAUACGCGAUGGGAGUGACAGAGUGUGACAACAUGUUGAUGCUUCUGGGAGUCAGCAACAAAAUGUCAGAGAAGGAGAGGGAUAAAGUCAUGCCAUUGAUCAUUCAGGGGUUCAAGGAUGCAUCAGAGGAGGCAGGCACGUCUGUUACAGGAGGACAAACAGUGCUCAACCCCUGGGUGGUGAUGGGAGGUGUUGCAACAACAGUUUGCCAACCCAACGAAUUUAUCAUGCCAGACAACGCAGUACCAGGAGACGUGUUGGUGUUGACUAAACCUCUUGGAACACAAGUUGCUGUUGCAGUACACCAGUGGCUAGAUAUUCCUGAGAAGUGGAAUAAGAUCAAACUGGUGGUGACCCAGGAAGACGUGGAGCUAGCUUACCAUGAGGCCAUGAUGAACAUGGCUCGGCUUAACAGGACAGCGGCUGGUCUCAUGCACACUUUCAACGCUCACGCUGCCACAGACAUCACAGGGUUCGGCAUCCUUGGCCACGCACAGACACUGGCAAGGCAACAACGAAGUGAAGUGUCAUUCGUAAUCCACAACCUCCCCGUGCUUGCCAAGAUGGCCGCUGUGUCUAAGGCCUGUGGUAACAUGUUUGGACUCAUGCAUGGCACUUGCCCUGAAACAUCAGGAGGCCUGCUUAUCUGUCUGCCUCGGGAGCAAGCAGCCCGCUUCUGUGCUGAGAUCAAAUCCCCGAAAUACGGAGAGGGCCACCAAGCGUGGAUCAUUGGUAUUGUAGAGAAAGGAAACCGCACUGCUCGCAUCAUCGACAAACCGCGGAUCAUAGAGGUGGCACCACAAGCAGCCACACAGAAUGUCAACCCAACUCCUGGUGCAACCUCUUAAUCCUUCCCCCUUCUGCUGCAUCAAAAACCAGAAUCCAGAAGCUCUGCUGAGUGAUUUUAGACACAUAAACUACAAAACCAUCCUAGAGUGUUGAAAAUAUACACACAAAGUAGUACUUGCACAGAAAAGACUGUGUUGGCGUGUAUCUACAUGAAAAACAGCUCCACACAGUGGCCCAAGGGGGCACAUCAUCACCCAGUGGACCCAACCUGCAGUAUCCACAUGAAAAACUAGAGCAUACUUAAAAUCCAUUUGCCUUCAUGUCUGUUCUUUUCUGUUUUGUUUAACGUGUGUGAAUGGCAGGCAGCUUUCGAUUAGAGAGUGCCGGUAAUACAGACGAUACUGAUACUGCUGAUUCGGUUAGAAUCUUAGGAAGGCCGGUGUCUGUUGCCUCUUUGGGUCUUUUAAAACUGCUCUCAUCCAGCAAGUGGCCGAAUGAAAGUGUUUUUGUUGGUCCAUUCACUUUGUACAGUUAAAAAGCCUAGUUUUAGUUCAUUGCUGUAACUGAUGCCUUGAGAGAAACUGAGUGUGACCAGAAUGGUUUGUUUUUUAUUACUUUGACUUUUUGUACUGUCCCCACCUUAACUAAUAAAUACUCCAGUGAA